GAGAACGCAGGCGCCGUUCGGAGAAAGGUUGGCCGGGCGUGACUGGGCUCUGACCGCCGGCGGCGGCUGGGCCGGGAAUUUGAAAUGGAGUCGAUAUAUCUUCAGAAGUAUCUUGGGACAUGUUUAACUCAAGGUCUUGCAGAAGUGGCAAGAGUUCGCCCAGUGGAUCCAAUAGAAUAUUUAGCAUUGUGGAUUUACAAGUAUAAGGAAAAUGUCACCAUGGAGCAACAGAGACAAAAGGAAAUGAUUGACUUGGAGCGUGAGAGAGAACUAGCUCUAAUGGAGCAGGAAAUGAUGGCAAGGCUCAAAGCAGAGGAGCUCAUGUUUCAGGAGCAACAGCGGGCAUUACAGAUGGAGUUGGAAAUGCAAGAGAAAGAGAGACAGAGAGCAGAACUGCAGAGGGCUCAAGAACAAUUAGAGAAGGAUGCAAACUCAGGCAAAACACUAGCUGAAAUUAGUGAUCGGUAUGGGGCACCUAACUUGAGCAGAGUGGAAGAACUUGAUGAACCAGUGCCAUCUGAUGUUGCAUUAAACAUCGAUCAAGAUUUGUAGGAUCAACCAACCUAGGAGCGAUACAUUUUUCUGCUUGUUUUAUAUUUCAAAAUAUGAGGUUGCCAGUUGUAUUUUUUGCUCCAGAUUUGAACUCUUUUUUUUCCCCUAAGACAGCUUUAUAAGUGGGCUUUGAGGGUAGCCAUAAUGUAUUGUUUUCAAUUCCCCAAAUCUCAGGCAGUCUUGUUCUCACAAAGAUACACACACUUUUUUUUUUAGCUCAUCUCACAUUUGCCCCAUUUAGUUACUUUGGGAAACUCUCCCUUUUGUUCUCUCAAUGGAAUCAUAAAACAAAUAACCAGUUGCAUUGGGUGUGUUAAUUUUUCUUUAAAUAUUUGGUAAAAUUCACCUGUGAAUCCAUCUGGUCGUAGACAUUUCUUUAUUGGAAGCUUUUGAUUACUAAUUCAUUCUCUUUACUUUUAGGAUUUCUGUUUCUUCUUAGUCAAUUUUUAUAGUUUCUGUCUUUCUUGGAGUUUGUUCAUUUCAUCUAGGUUAUUGGAUUUGACAUACAAUUGACAUAAAAUUGGCCAUAGUAUCCCCCUAUAAUCCUUCAUAUUUCUGUAAGGUCAGUAGUAAUAUCCCUUCUCUCAUUCCUGAUUUUAGUAACUGAAUCAUCUUAUUUUCUUGGUUAGUAUUUCUGACCAAGAUUAAAUUUUUUAAUCUUAAAUUUGUUUUCUAUUUAUUUUAUUUCUGCUGCAAUCUUUAUUACUUCCUUCCUCCAGUUUGCUUUGGGUUUAUUUUGCUCUUCUUUUUCUUCUUUAUUUAGGCAGAAGAUUAGAUUAUUGAUUUGAGAUCUUUUAAAUUAAUGCAUGCUAUAUGUGUUUUAUUUUGUGUUUAAUUAAUGCAUGCUAUGAAUAUCUCCUCCCAAAAUUCACAUGUUGAAACCUAAUUCUGAAUGUGAUGGCAUUAGGAGUUGGGGACUUUGGGAAGGGAUUAUGUCAUGAAGAUGGCGUCUUAAUGAAUAGGAUUAGUGCUCUUUUAAAGGAGACCCCAGAGAAUUCCCUCACCCCUUCUUCCAUGUGAAGACACAGCAAGAAGGUGGCUGGCUGUGAAGUAGGGAAACAAGUCCUUUCCAGAUACUAAAUAUGUCGCUGCCUUGAUCUUGGAUUUCUUAGCCUCCAGAACUGUGAAAAAUAAAUGUUUGUUGUUUAAGCCAUCCAGUCUAUGAUUUUUUCAUUUCAGAAAUCCAAGUGGGCUAAGAUAAUGCAUUUGCAGCUAUAAAGUUUCCUCUGAGCACUACUUUCCUUGUGUCUCAGUAGUUUUGGUAUACUGUGUUUUCAUUUGCAUUCACCUGAAAAUAUUUUCUAACUUCCUAAAUUUCUUCUCUGACCCACUGGUUAAAUACAAAUGUGUUAUUUAAUUUUCUUGUCUUUGUGAUUUCCCCAAAUUUCUAAUUUCCUUAUAUUUUGGAUUUUCCCAGAUUUCCCUCUGUUUUUGAGUUUUAGUUUCUGCCUUGAUCAGAGAAUAUACUUCACAUUGUUUCAGUAAUUUAAAAUCUAUUGAGAGUUGUUAUAUACCUACCAUAUUUUGUUUUGUGGAGAGAGAAUUUUCUAUGUGCACUUGAGAAGAACUGAUGUUCUUCUGUUUUUUGGUGCAGUAUUCUAUACAUUUGUAGGUCUAGUAUUAUUUAAGUUCUCUAUUUUCUUUGUGAUCCUAU